AUAUGGUUAGAGCUAUGUUUGCAGCUUAUUUUGAGAGAUGUUGUAGCAGUUUCCUCGUCUAGGAACAUUGGCUAAGGAAUGUAUCCUUCUAAUGGUUAGCAAUUCAACAAAAUUAUUCCACCAAGCGCAGUUAAUGAUGAUGAUGAUGAUGAUGCGGCGUCUUUCCUUGAAACUCCCUCGGCAUGUCAGUUUUGGAAGAGGAGGUUCCAAAAACAGUCGCUUCGCCCCUCCUUCCCCCGUUUCUGCUUGCUGCCCCCUGUGCACUCUCUUCUUUACUCAAUCGGUAAUACAUAUUUAUUCACUGCUGUUCCGAAACGGCAAGACAUUAGAGAAGUGGGGGACGGAGGUAAGGAAAAGUUAUUUAUGCUGACGUCAAUUUGUAAACAAAAUGGGGAGCCGGGCUGGGAGGAGGAGCACGGUUUGAGACAAAAAAAGAAAGAAGUAGCAAAUAACUGUUCAUUUAUAUCCAGUGACAGUGGCAGCAUGAAGUCUUUUAAGGUGUCGUUCCCCUCGAACUUUUCCAGGAUUGCAAGAAAACUGGCUACAGAAACGAGCUGCAAAUAGGAGUUGGAGGAAUCAUUCUCCGGAGGACCUAGAGUCAACUUUUUCUUUUCUGUUUUUAAACUAAAAAAAAUGAAAAAUUUUUCCCAAUGAGAAUGAAAAAGCAAUCCCGUUCUCAGCACUGCAACACAUUUGCUCAGCACUUGAACUUCUCACGCGCGUAGGAUAUUACAAGUGCAAAUACGGGCAUUCAAAUACAGUAUCCAGGAAGUCUUUGUGAGAUUGUAAAAUAUUUUUGUUAUUUUCUUUCUUUCUUUUUUUAAUGUCACAAUACGGUAUUUAGUGACGAAGAAGGGGUGAAUGUUCUGGUAACAAGGUAGCAUGACUUCCAAAUAAAUGCACGUUACUCUUGAUGUUUCAUAUCAUGAGUGAUCAUCUUACAGAAAGACAAAGGGUAUCCUAGACGCGCUUCCAAAAUAUACUGUAUUUUAUUUAAAAUUUGCUCUAUUUAUUAAAGCCAUGGCUGUGAGGUCCAGGAGACCAUGGAUGAGUGUUGUGCUGGGACUGAUUCUUGGAUUUACCGCGGCUUCUUGGCUUAUCGUGCCUAGGGUGGUGGAAAUCAGUAGCAAGAAGAGAAAAUCCACUGUCUGCUCUUACUAUAGGAGCGUAGCAGGUAUCGGCAAAGGUGCAGACAGCAUCGGGAGCAGCGUCAGCAGCAAUGCUUGGCAUAUGGACAGGGACAGUCAGCUUUUCAGACAGGAGGAAAACGAGGAAGAGAAUGACAGCAGAUACAGGACAAGCAACGGCAGUGGGGAUGGAGGUAGACCGAUAUCCAAACCGAGAAAUUUCCUCUACGUGGGUGUCAUGACAGCAAAGAAGUACUUGGAAUCGAGAGCCGUGGCAGCUCACAGGACUUGGACGCAUUCCAUCCCCGGGAAAGUGGAGUUCUUCUCGAGCGAGGGUUCUGAGAGCGUCCCCGUGCCCAUUCCCAUCCCGGUAAUCUCGUUGGCAGGAGUGGAUGAUUCCUACCCUCCUCAGAAAAAGUCCUUCAUGAUGCUGAAGUACAUGCACGACCAUUACUUGGACAAGUAUGAAUGGUUUAUGAGGGCAGACGAUGAUGUCUACAUACGAGGCGACAAGCUGGAGGAGCUUCUCAGAUCCCUGAAUAGUAGUAAGCCAAUGUACUUGGGACAGACCGGAUUGGGCACUACUGAAGAACUUGGAAAACUGGCGCUGGAGCCAGGGGAGAAUUUCUGCAUGGGAGGACCCGGCAUGAUCUUUAGCCGGGAGGUGCUGAAGAGGAUGGUGCCUCACAUAGGAGAGUGUCUCCGGGGGAUGUACACCACGCAUGAGGACGUAGAAGUGGGACGAUGCGUCCGGAGAUUUGGGGGCACCCAGUGUGUCUGGUCAUAUGAGAUGCAGCAGUUGUUUUAUGAGAACUAUGAACACAAUAAGAAGGGAUACAUCCAAGAACUCCACAGCAGCAAAAUCCAUAACACAAUCACCCUUCAUCCCAACAAGAGGCCUGCCUAUCAGUAUAGGCUGCACAACUACAUGCUGAGCCGCAAAAUUUCUGAGCUACGCUACCACACCAUUGAGCUUCACCGGGAGAGCGUCGCCAUGAGCAAGCUCAGCAACACCGAGGUGCAGAAGAUAGAUCAACAGCUGGGGAUGAUGCCCUCCUACACACGCUUCCAGCCAACAGAAAGGAACGAGGUUAUCGAGUGGGACUUCUUGACCGGGAAACAUCUGUAUUCCACAGCUGAGAAACAGAUGCCUCGUCAAGGUAUCAACAGCCUUCUGAGGACAGCAUUGGAUGAUACUGUCCUUCAGGUCAUGGAGAUGAUCAACGAGAACUCCAAGACAAGAGGACGUGUGAUUGAGUUCAAAGAGAUUCAGUAUGGAUACCGCAGGGUUGAUCCCAUGCAUGGGGCAGAAUACAUCUUAGAUCUGCUGCUUCUUUACAAAAAGCAUAAAGGGAGGAAGGUUACGGUUCCAGUGAGGCGACACGCCUACCUUCAGCAGUCAUUCAGCAAGCCCUUUUUCAUUGAAGCAGAGGAACUUGAUGUGAGAGAGCUCGUUGACAGCAUCAACACGGACUCUCACUCCUUCUCAUUCCUUUCCAAUUCUUUAAAGAUAUUCUCGCCCUUCCAGUUUACUGAGUCAACCAAAGAGAUGAGGGAAAGGAGUGAAAAGAAAAUCCACAUUCUAGUUCCUCUCACAGGGAGAUAUGACAUUUUUUUGAGGUUUAUGGAGAACUUUGAGAAGACAUGUCUUAUCACAAACCAGAAUGUAAAACUAGCCAUAAUUUUAGUCAACAGCGACUCCAACCAAGACAAAGAUAAACACAUUGAACUAAUAAAUGAAUACCGAAGUAAGUAUCCCAAGGCAGAUCUGUCCAUCAUCCCCAUGACAGGAGAUUUCUCCAGGGGCUUGGCGUUAGAAAUGGGCUCAUCGCAGUUGGAGAACAACACGUUGUUGCUGUUUUGUGAUGUUGAUCUUAUGUUUAAUGCAGAUUUUUUGCAGAGGUGCAGAGACAAUGCCAUUCAGGGAGAGCAGGUAUAUUAUCCUAUCAUCUUCAGCCAGUAUGAUCCAAAGAUAGUGUAUGGAGGUAAUCCUCCUGAAGACAGCACCUUUGUUUUUACCAAGAAAAGUGGGUUCUGGAGGGACUAUGGAUUUGGGAUCACUUGCAUAUACAAAAUUGAUCUGAUAAAAGCUGGUGGCUUUGAUACCUCAAUCCAAGGUUGGGGACUAGAAGAUGUAGAUCUCUUUACUAAAGUAUUACAUUCAGGGUUGAAGGCCUUUCGAAGCCAAGAGGUUGGAAUUGUCCACAUUUACCAUCCAGUUCACUGUGACCCAAACUUAGAUCCUAAGCAAUAUAAGAUGUGCUUGGGGUCCAAAGCAAGUACUUAUGCAUCCACGAUGCAGCUAGCUGAACUCUGGCUGGAGAAACACUUAGGUGUGGGGUACAACAGAACAUCAUCCUGACAUUCCAGUUCAUUCUUCCUUUAAGGGGAGUUUACCUCAAUUGUGAGAGUUUGGGUGUUUGUAUGUAUGUAUGUGUAUGUAUUCUUUGUGUCAUUAGUUCCUUUACAGCGUCUUCCAAAGGACAUUUACCAGCACAUAGCAGUGGCAGUCCAUCUGUAGUCAAUGAUUUCAAGGUAAAGCUGAAAUUAUUGAAGCUGUGUUUUAUUUUUUCUGUAGUUUUUUUUUUGUUUGUUUGGGUUGUUUUGCUUUAUAUCAUUAGAAUAACCAGAGCAUCUGAACUAUUCUCAGGAGCACAUUCUCCACAAAACAAUAGCCACUUCCAGUAAUUGUGUGCUGUGCUACGUUAGUUCUGUAAAGGCUAUAGUAAUUAUAGUGCUCAUCAAAUUUCUUUCAGACAUCGCAGAUCCAAUGUGAUAAAACAAAGACAAUAAUAAUAAUAAUAAUAAUAAUAAUAAUAAUAAUAAUAAUAAUAAUAAUAAUAAUAAUAUCUGAAAAGUACCACAAAAGUGCUUUAAGCUUCCACUUGGGAAGGAGGUCUGUAAUAUAGAUUUGAGUUUUUUAAUUUAUACAAGAUGAAAAUAAUGUACACAGAACCUUCUUCAUCUGCAGUAUUUUCAAAAUGUGUGAAUAAUUCUGAUAAUUGUAUCUUUAUGUUUUAGAAAUGUUUCUGUGAUGUAAAAGGUACUGGAUACCAAUAUUCCAUGUUCACCUGCUUCUAAUACCAUUUGGUUUCAAAAUUGCUGACUUUCUUUUUUCACGUGAACACGCUGCAAACAGACAUACUUGCAUUAUUUCAGCUUUGUGACUUUCAUGCAGUUCAGUUUGCUGGCAAGAACAAUGAAAUUCUAUAUUAAAAAAAGGGUUAUUUAUAAUAAAGUAUACACUUAAAAAUCAUUUUCUUAGCAUGAGAAUAUCUGUUUUAUUUAAUAAACCGAGAAGUGUUUUCAUGACAGGUUUGGAGACAGUGGUAAUUCAAAUGUCUACUAAACAUAAUACUUAUGCAGCGACAAGCCCUAUAAUCUAUUGUUGAAAAUGCCUGUGCUACUGCUGUUACCAUUAACAUGCUUUCAUAUUUAUUUAUUUUUAUUUUUUUAAUGCGUCACAGAGCUACAGCUGAGUUUAUGGGUGACAAGCAAAGCCUGCAGGUAAUUGCGGAAACAUUUCUGGUUAGUUCAUAGAAUGUCACGCUUCGAUAUGGGGAGACAGCUUGUGUACCUGUGCAGCUGACACUGCCAUAAAUAAAGUGCACUGUAAGAUUAUUCUAAGCCCUUCCUGCAGUUAAGCCUCGGAGUAAUUUACCCUGGUCUUCAAAAUAAAAAUAAACAUAUGCAGAGUUGAAUUCAUAGGAGUUGUACCUUAAAAAUAAUAAUCAUAAUCAUCAUAAUAAUCAUCAUAAUCAUACUCAUAAUAAUAAUUGUAUAGGAUCUAUAAUAUAACUUGUAAGGUCAGCAGUCCUGUCCUAGAUCAUAGUGUUUCCAAGCAGGACAGAAAUGACAGGCUGUUUACCUAUAUCUCUAGGCCAAGAGGACAUUACACCCAGAAUAUACACAUACUGUAUAACAUAUUGUUUAAUGGGUUUCAGCAGCAGUAGAUCCAGCAUCAGGUUUUUAGGGGAAUCACAUACAAUACUAAACUCUUUAUAUAAAUUAAUGUUUGCAUUUUUUUUUCUUGUUUAUUUCCAAAAACGUGUAACACUAUAUUAACAUAUCUAGUGCAGAGAACAUAUUAACACCAACAUUUAGGCAGGAAGUACCUGUAUAACUGAGGGUUUUUCUUACAAAGUACAAGUCAAAGUAGUUAAUGGACCUCUUAAGCACUGCUUGUGAAGGAAUGCCAUGUGCUAUACAAGCUUAAUGAGCAGCCUGUGUGAGAUGUCUACCUCUCACACUGAAAGACAUUGACACUGUAGCAGAGUGGAAUACUAAACUGAAAGAACAAAAAAAAUACAAAACAGCAACUCGUUUUUGCCCUGUAAAACAGCUUUGAAAGGGCAGACAACAAUACAGUUCAGUGCAAUAUUAUUGAAACAUUUGACAGUUUCAGGACAACUAAAAUAAAAUCAAAGUGGAAGUAAUGUAUUGUGUGUAUUAAAUACUUGCCUGAUCUACAUGUAUACAUGUAAAAAAUUAAGGAAUCAUUGAUGAAAGAUUUGUAAAAACUAAAGGAAGCUGUCUUGUCCGCUGUGUACAGAGUGACAGACAGGCUACAGUGCACAAGGGUCUACAUUUUGAAUGAGGACCCUAAAAACACAUUCAUUGCAUUGCAAACUUUUUUAUUAUUAUUACACUAUGUAACACAA